AGACGGAAGUCCAAUUGCUAAUGCAGAAGCGCGGGCCACACAUUUUCUGGUUCAUAUGUACAAGAAAACAAAGCCAAAACUAGCUGUGGAACUGGAAGCACAUUCACAUUCACAUGCAAAAGUAAUAGCUGCUAAAUGAUGAACGCCGCAACAGCAGCUAAUAGCAGUGUUUAUUCACAGACACAGUGCAGACUACUUUCCUCGGAUCUUCGAAGUUCGAUUCCUUUCUUGAAUGAACGCAAGUCACGGUUGGUGGUAAGGGCUGGUGGUCGUCCUCCUCAAAAUAUGGGCAAGGACGAUGAUGAGAAGCAGCAGCAGCGUGUCACACAACAACAACAACAACAACAACAAGAACAACAAGCACCUCCGCCCGUGUCUCUUAGCCUGGACGACGUGAACCCCGUAGGACUGGGUCGAAGAUCGCGGCAGUUGUUCGAUGAGGUUUGGAGAAAGUUCUCGGGAUUGGGUCAGAUUUCUAGGACAAUACGGUCGGAUGAUCAGGAGGCUCUGGAUGCCCUUCUGGUCCGAGAAGGUCCGAUGUGCGAGUUCGCAAUCCCUGGCGCUCAGAAUACUACUGUACUCGUUGUUGGUGCCACCAGCCGCAUCGGUCGCAUCGUUGUGAGAAAGCUCAUGCUCAGGGGCUACGCUGUCAAGGCUCUGGUAAGGAGGGCAGACCAGGAGGUGCUUGAGCUCCUUCCAAGGUCUGUAGAGAUAGUCAUUGGGGAUGUUGGUGAUCCCGCCACUGUCAAGGCUGCUGUUGAAGGUUGCAACAAAAUUAUAUAUUGUGCCACUGCUCGCUCUGCUAUAACUGGGGAUCUCUUCCGCGUUGAUCAUCGAGGCGUUUAUAAUCUUACUAAAGCAUUUCAGGAUCACAGUAACAAAUUGGCACAAUCACGGGCUGGGAAAAGCAGCAAAAGUAAGCUCUCGAUUGCCAAAUUCAAAUCUGCAUCGUCACUCAAUGGAUGGGAAGUUCGUCAAGGAACUUACUUCCAAGAUGUAGUUGCCACAAAAUACGAUGGUGGGAUGGAUGCUAAAUUUGAUUUCACUGAGACUGGAGAUGCUGUUUUCUCAGGGUAUGUCUUCAAUAGAGGAGGCUAUGUGGAACUAUCCAAAAAGCUUUCUCUGCCACUAGGUUAUACUCUUGAUAGGUACGAGGGUCUGGUUCUUUCUGUCGGUGGCAAUGGAAGAUCUUAUGUAUUAAUUCUAGAAGCUGGUCCUUCGGCAGAUCCAAGUCAGAGUAGAUUGUAUUUUGCAAGAAUUAGUACAAAAGUGGGAUUUUGUAGGGUUAGAGUACCAUUUUCAUCAUUCCGCCCAGUGAAACCAGAUGAUCCAGUGUUAGAUCCUUUUCUUGUGCAUACUUUGACCAUACGCUUUGAGCCUAGAAGACAGAGGCCUGUUGAAGGAAAUGCAACAAUGAAACAGGAUUUAAGAAGCUUUAAGCUUAUAUUGGAAUAUAUUAAAGCCUUGCCUACUGGGCAAGAAACCGAUUUUGUAUUAGUUUCAUGUUCUGGACUAGGAAUUGAGCCUUCCAGGCGGGAGCAGGUUCUUAAAGCCAAGAGGGCUGGUGAAGAUUCCUUAAGAAGAUCUGGCCUUGGAUACACAAUAGUCCGUCCUGGUCCAUUGCAGAAGUUUUUUGGAUCCACCACUAGUAGUACAUAAGAAUUUCUACAGAUGGAUUUCUUCGCUAUGAUUCUUUAUACAAACUUUACCUCAAUCAGUAAGAGAAUAAUACUUCUUCCUUUCAUUAACUUCUUACUGAAGUCUUAGUCGGAGACAUAAAUGGAUGAGUCCUAGUUGUUUCUUGAUACCUUUUGGCCAACAUUCCCUGCAGCCUACAAAAUCAUAAAUGAAUUGAGUCCUCGCUGGCUCAUUGGAGCAUUGCUGUUUCAUGCAGACGAGACAUAUUCUCUGGCUUGACAAAUGUUCAUGACCAAAGGCUUCCCAUGCUGUCCUGCACAGAGGCCAGUUUCUCAAUUGUCACUAUAUCUAUGCGGCUAUGCCUCUUGUGUUGUUUUACUCCUUUCCUCCAGGUUGGGUUGGCACUUGGCAGCGCAGUUGUGGUGGCCAGUCACAGAUGGUGAUAAAAAAUUGACAAUUUUUUUUCUUAACAGCUUUAUCCACUCUAAUUUGUUCUAAAACUUUGAAAUUAGCAUCUUUGUGAUCCCCUGGCUUUAAAUGGUUACUAAAUUCAGUGGUUGGGUCAUUUUCGAGAGAGGCUAGUAUAUGCCAUUUCUACUGUGUCUAAUCAAUGUCAGGGUCCUUUUUAGG